GCGGGUCUCCGCGAACAACCACAUCUCUACACCGAUUAGAACGUGCCAGGUGUCUCAAUUGUUUAAAAAUGCACCGCGAGGAGUGGUUUCAAUCCAACCAUUUAUGUACUCCGAAUUCCGGCAUGUUUCGUUACACUACGUAGUAAUGCGGUAUCGUUGCCAUUCGCAGGCGGGGUAUUGUUUACAUUACAGCCUGAUACCCUAAUACCCUAAGCCCCCUAGAAAGGGUUCAGCAUAAGCUCAUAGGAUGUCUAUUUUCAAUUCUUAAUUAUUUAUUUUUAUUUUAUUUAAAAUAGCCAGAAAAAAACAUUACCUGUUAUCUAGUAGUAUCUAGUUCCCAUCAAGAGAAAAGAGAGAAAAAAAAGAAAAGGAAACAUGACAAUCGUAGGGAAAGCAGACGUUCGGGACAGAAAAGCUUUUCGCGAAGGGCUAGUCAGUCGAACGGAGUUGGUCGAGAAGGCCAAGUUCAUCACUUCUUACCUCGGAUGGGACAGCACGCCGGGGUUUUCGGAGACAGAGUCGCCGCGAGAUGGGGGCGGGGGCGGGUGCGAGGCGGCGGUGCCGCUGCCGGACGAGUGCGUGGUGGUGCUGCUGUACGGGCAGAUGCAGCUGGACGACGACGAGCGGGUGCUGACGGGGACCAACGUCGCCGUGCGCACCCGCGGCUCCAAGACCCUCCGGAUCCUCGCCAACAGCGCCGCCGUCUGGUACCCGGGCAUCUGCUGCUGGGACGCCGACGACUGCUACCUCGCGACCAAGGGCCAGUGCAAGCGCUUGGGGAUCGGCAUCGUGAGGGAGGAAGGGAAGACCGACAAGAAGAAAGGGGAGAAGAAGACGGAGAAGACGGCGAUGAAGUCCCCGUGGAACUGGGUCAAGAGGAUGAGCUGGGGAAGAGCGGAUAAGAAUUCUUGACGACGGUGUUGCGAGUCCGGGGCGGCACGUCGCGUCAGGUGUCUACCUCAGGGAUCACGGCGCUAGCUAAUUCUUUGUACGUUGGGAAGUUGGCAAGUGUCUAUAACAACGGUGCCACAAGGGAGGUAGCUUAAUUGCCGACAGCUAAUACUGGUUGCUUAUCCUUGGC